AUGACAUCCCCUUCUGGCCGUCUGCAGAAUCGCGUGGCCAUCGUAACUGGCUCCAGCUCUGGACUUGGACAAGCCAUCUCCCUCGCCCUCUCCGCUGAAGGCGCUUCGAUCUUCUGCAUCGACCAAUACCCAACGCCGCGGAACGCGAUCAAUCUAUCGACACAGCGUGCAGAUGACUUUCACAACCGCGUGACCGGUCAGCCAGGAACGCACGAACGCAUCCGCCACCUAGGAGGUGAGGCCACAUACCACAAAGCCGACGUCACGCGAGCGCGGGACAUGGAACUCGCCAUUCGAGCCUGCGUGCAGAGAUACAAGAGGGUAGAUAUCAUGGUGAACAACGCCGGUGUUAGCGUGGAGAGCACACAUGUCCGUCCACUGCGAUGUCACGAGACAAGCGAAGAGGACUACGACAAGACCAUGGCUAUCAAUGCAAAGGGCAUGUUUCUGGGCUGCAAGUACGCUCUCAAGCAAAUGCUGGACGGACAGUCUCAGAUCUACUCCUCGAGGGGAUGGAUCAUCAACACCGCCUCUGUUCAAGGACUCGUCCCGUUCUACGGUACGCCCUCUUACUGCGCAUCCAAAGGCGCCGCGGUCAUGUUGACAAAGCAAAUUGCACUGGACUAUGCCAAGGAUUUGAUUCAUUGUAACGCUCUCUGCCCGGGCUUUCUAGAAACAAGCAUGACGCAGAACCUACAGGGCCAGCCGCAGGAGUUGGAGGAGAUUCAAGAGAAACAUCCGUUCGGACAGAAGCUGGGCAAAGUGGAGGAUGUAGCGAGGGCGGCGGUAUUUCUGGCAAGUGAUGAGGCUGGGUGGAUCACGGGAGUUCCCUUGCCGGUCGAUGGCGGUUAUUUGUUGAGAUAA